AUGUCUUCUUUCACCGAAAAGUUCACCGAGUCCUCGCUCGGCGAGGCCGGGAAAACGUACCCGUGCGACGCCGACGGCUGGUGCAACCGCGAUUGGGUCGCGCUCGUUCUCCUCGGCGUCGCGCUCAUCUUCUGCGUCGCCGGGAAGCGCCUCCACCGCCUCAACGUCUUCAUUCUCGCGGCCGCCAUCGGCUCCUUCGCCGGCCUCUGGAUCGCGGACACGUUCAACGUGGACGACUUCAACACGCGUUGGGGCAUCUGCAUCGGCCUCGCGGUCGCCAUCUCGCUGAUGGUGUACAUGAUCGAGUCCCUCGUCUUCUCCCUCCUCGGCGUCGCGACGUGCGCCGGCGGCGCGAUGGUCAUCUACUCCGCCCUCGCGGAGCACCUCCCGAGCUCCACGCCGGCGUACACCUUCCACCUCGUGAUCGGCGUCGCCGCGGCUGUCGGCUUCCUCCUGGGCGGCGUAUUGAAGAAGGCCGCUCUGACCGUCAUCUACAGGCGCGUUGACCGCUUCCCGCGCGACCCCGCGCGCGCCGCCGUCGGCGGGUUCCUCGUCGCGUCCGUCUCGUCCUAUUUCCUCUGGAAGAAGGACGAGGGCGAGGGCGACCUGUGGGUCGAGCACCUGACGUCGUCCGCGAAGACCAUCGACCUCGGCGAGUGGCAAGUGUGGCUCUCUCUCUCUCUCGGCGGCAUCGCGUGCCUCGCGGGCAUCGCGAUCCAAGGGCACCUCUGCGGCGGUCACAAGGGCGAGCACGGCUCCGCGGACGAGAAGACGCCGCUUCGGAGGAAGUAAGCGUGCUUGAAACGCUUCGAAUCUGUGCGUUUUUUUGUCGUGUCGUGUCGUGUCGCCCGCCGCGAGCGAUGACGACGAUGACGUGGACGCCGUCGACGACGCCGUCGUCUCGAAACGGAGAGACGCGCGCGUCGACGACGGCGUCUCGUCUUGCAGUGCUUGUGACAUCGUUUCAAACAACGUGUUUUUAAAUAAUAUCUACCUGUAAGGUUAAG